UUUGUUUUUUUUUUUUUUUUUGCAUUUGGUUUGUAGAAGUUUAAGACUAACAAGAAGUAGAAGUGGCAAUGUAAAGGAGCUGGCGUCGACGAAGGCGCUAACGACGGACUGCUACGCACAGAACGCAAUCGUAUCGCACAUAGAGUGUGUAGUGUAUUCCAUGUCGGGUAUAAAAAGGCGCGUAGCAUUUUGAAAAUUUGCAGUUUUCUCGGCGCCGUGCGAUGCGCUCAAAACACUCUUCAUAACCAGCGGAACGGAAACGGAUAUAAAGUGGAUAAAUACUUUGAUUUGUGAUUUGAAGUGUUGAACUCCUUCUGAGUUGUGUUAGAAAACUAAAAAAUUUGUGCAUUUUAGUUUUACACUUGGUAUUGUUGAAUAAUUAAUGUUUUUUUUUCGAUAAUUGUUGUUGUUGUUAAAUUUUUGGUUGGUAAAUAUUUAUUAAGUGUCAGUGAAUUGAAGUGUACAAAAAAAAGUAUAAUUGCAUUAAUGAGUUGUUAAUGAUGUGAAAUAUCAGCGUAACGAGCAAACAUUGCAGCUAUUAAAAGUUCAAGAGAGAAGCGCAAAGUAUAUUUUUGCAAACAAACAUACUUAUGUAGAGGAAGUGCGCAAAUAAUAUUGUUAUUACCACGGACCGUCUGUAGUGACCUGCCAAUACAACAUAUGCAUCCAUAUCUGCACAACACGCCCAUCACGCUGCUCCACCCACAACCGUCUACAGCGCCCAUUUAAUGCUUUCAAAAACUGCCAGCAUACCAACAACACCAAAAUAAAUAACAAAAACCACACACACUUUCGCCACAAUAAUUUUUUAAACAAUAUUAUCAUCAUUACUGAGGCGUCAGCGGAGUUGCCACUUAUGCACGCAAAUAUUAAUUAAAAUUGCUUAGGAUCGAAUAUGGAUCGUAGUAAGAAUAAUAGUUUAGAAUUUGGCAAUAAUACAACAGCGUCGGCUGUUGCUGCCGCCGCAAUGUCAGCGCCCUGGGCUAAUAAUAAGGAAACGUCAGCGCAGCCCAACGAGGAUGAUUCGCCAGAAGAUGAUGCUGAUAACGCCACGCCCGCCAAGGUCACCGAUCCGCUAGCGCCCAAACUAGCCAAUAAUGAGCGCGUUCUGGUCGUCUCUGUCACCGAACGCAAUCGUGAAACGUGGAGUCAAAAGGCGGAAUUCUUAUUGGCCGUUAUUGGUUUUGCCGUCGAUUUGGGUAAUGUCUGGCGUUUUCCCUAUAUUUGCUAUCAGAAUGGCGGCGGCGCUUUCCUUAUACCCUACUGUGUGAUGUUAAUAUUCGGUGGCCUACCGCUCUUCUACAUGGAAUUGGCUUUGGGGCAAUUUCAUCGUUGCGGUUGCUUAAGCAUUUGGAAACGCAUUUGUCCGGCAUUGAAAGGUGUCGGUUACGCCAUUUGCCUAAUUGAUGUUUAUAUGGGCAUGUACUACAACACGAUAAUCGGCUGGGCGGUGUACUACCUAUUCGCAUCGUUCACAUCAACGCUACCGUGGACGUCUUGUGGCAAUUCGUGGAACACCAAUAGUUGCAUGCCAGUAACGAAUGAAAACUUCACAGAAAAGGCGACCACACCAGCCAAAGAGUUCUUUGAACGCAUGGUACUUGAGCAGUAUAAAUCGGAUGGACUAGACUAUAUGGGUCCCAUUAAGCCCACAUUGGCUUUAUGUGUCUUCGGCGUAUUUAUUUUAGUGUACUUUUCGCUGUGGAAGGGUGUGCGCAGCGCUGGCAAGGUUGUGUGGGUAACAGCAUUGGCGCCAUAUGUGGUGCUUUUCAUAUUAUUGGUACGCGGUGUGUCGCUGCCGGGCGCAAUGGAGGGUAUUCGAUAUUAUCUGACACCAGAGUGGCACAAACUGCAGAACUCAAAGGUUUGGAUCGAUGCUGCCUCACAGAUAUUUUUCUCGCUUGGUCCCGGUUUUGGCACAUUGCUCGCUUUAUCAAGUUACAAUAAAUUCAAUAACAAUUGUUAUCGAGACGCGCUGAUAACGAGUAGUAUUAACUGUUUGACAAGCUUCCUGGCAGGUUUCGUGAUAUUUUCUGUAUUAGGCUACAUGGCACAUGUGCAGAAGACCUCAAUCGAUAAGGUGGGUCUGGAAGGUCCCGGUCUUGUCUUCAUUGUCUAUCCGGAGGCCAUAGCUACUAUGAGCGGCUCAGUAUUUUGGUCCAUUAUAUUCUUUCUCAUGCUCAUCACACUGGGUUUGGAUAGUACAUUUGGCGGUUUGGAGGCUAUGAUAACGGCGCUCUGUGAUGAAUAUCCACGCGCCAUUGGGCGGCGUCGCGAAAUAUUUGUGCUGCUACUUUUGGCUUGCAUCUACUUAUGUGCGCUGCCUACUAUGACUUAUGGCGGCGUGUUCUUGGUUAACUUCUUGAACGUUUACGGACCUGGUCUGGCCAUAUUAUUUGUGGUAUUCGUUGAGGCAGCUGGCGUUUUUUGGUUUUACGGCGUCGAUCGUUUCUCCGAAGAUGUGGAACAGAUGUUGGGCAUUAAACCGGGCAUUUUCUGGCGCAUAUGUUGGACUUAUAUAAGUCCGGUAUUUUUACUGGCCAUUUUUAUAUUCUCCAUACUCGGCUAUGAGGAAAUGUUGGGCGAGGAAUACCAGUACCCCGAAUGGAGCAUUAAAGUCGGCUGGGCCGUCACCUGCUCAUCGGUACUCUGCAUACCGAUGUACAUCGUUUACAAGUUCGUAUUUGCGUCCAAAGGUGAUUGUCGUGAGCGCUAUCGUGACGCCUUCAAAGUGCCACCGCAUUGUGGCUCAGUAUUGCCGGGCCAACAGGGCACCACAGUGUGACAUGAUUCAGAAAAAGCAAAGCAACCAUCAAACAAACUAUUGCUUGAUGGCACUUGGACGAAGCAGUUGAAUGUGCAAACAACUGCAGCCGAGGAGAGUGAAGUAAAUAAAACUUUUAUAGAAACUAUUAAAACCAAUAUGUGUAGCUUCGAGCGUUUAGCUGGUGUGGGAGAGAGUUAUUCACCAACAACAACAACAAAUAAUAUAAUUGAUUUAAAUAGUUAUUAUGCAUAUUACACAAAUAAUCUUAAUUACGGUUAUAUUUGCGAAAUUUCGCCAAAAAGUACCAUUAAGGCAGGUCCGUAUAGCGCUAUAGAUGCGCCAGCAACAGGAACAGAAAGCAUACAGCGUAAUGUACCGCAUUUGGAAUGGACUUUUCGUCCAAAUAGGCACGAAGUUGUUGAGGAGCGAAAUAGCGUCAUUUAUGAGGAACUCAACAUAGCAGAUUUAUAUGCGACAGACACUGUACACAAUAACCCAAACCAAAAUACUGAUAUUAAUAGUUUAAGUUAUAAAUAUUCAAACAAUGUUGAAGUUGCAAGCACAGCUGUUAAUUGCAAUGACAGUUGCACAGCCACUGUCAGUAAUCGUAGUAAUAAUAGCGGUAAUGUUACUUGUAGUGCUAAUGCUAAUGUUAAUGUUAAUGCUAAUGUUAAUGUUAAUUGUAAUAAUGUUAGUAGUAUGCAAAAUGCAAAAAACAUUUGUAAAUCAAAUACAACUCACGAAAUUGCUGAGGACAAUAACUAUGCGAUGAUACUCAGCAGUUGCAAGCCGCUUAAAUUUUCAUUUGCCAGCGAAUGGUUGGUUUAGCUAAACGCAGUAAUUAUCUAUGUGCUAUAAAUAUGCGAAGUACUACAAAAAAAUAUCUGUAACUAAAAUGAAAUUAAGUGUGACGCAAUUUGUUGUUAUCGUAAUUAAGAAAUAAUUUCUAGAAAUGUGGUGGUGUGGUAAAUUUGUAGGCAGAGAAAAUUUAGCAAAACAGCCAUUUGCUAAAUUUUCUUAACAAGUGUAAGCAAGAGAAAAAAGUAAAAAGAAGAAGAAAAAGAAAAAUUGUAUACAGCAAACUAUUUUGUAUGUAUGCAAUAAUUUCUGCUUAAGAAUAUUAAAAUAACAUAAAUAUUUGAAUAUAAAAGGUAAAAAAUAUUAAAGUAAAUAUUUUAGUAAAACAUUUUAUUGAAAAUUUUUUGAAAAAAAAAAUAUUAAAAUUUAUUUUGUUAAAGAAAUUUCAUGAAUUGAUCUUUUAAAACCAAAAUUUUCAAAAUAAUAUUUAGAAAUAAAAUAUUUUUGAAAAAUAAUUUUUAAAUAUUUAAAUAAAAACUUAUUUUGACACGCUUAACUUUGACAAAUUAAAUUCUUGAAAAAA